CGCCCCGCCACCUCCUCCUUCUCCUCUUCCUCCCCCCGGAGCUUGGCCGCCGCCUCCGCCUCUCCCUGCCCGAGACCCCUUCGCUACAAUGAAAGCUGCCAUCUUCUUGCCCUCCCCCGACCUCCGAUGCUCUCUGCUGCUUUUGAUAACUUGGAUUUUUACUCCAAUAACAGCUGAAAUAGCAAGUCUUGAUAGUGGAAAUAUAGAUGAAAUUUUAAACAAUGCAGAUGUUGCUUUAGUUAAUUUUUAUGCUGACUGGUGUCGAUUCAGCCAGAUGUUGCAUCCAAUUUUUGAAGAAGCCUCCAAUGUCAUUAAGGAAGAAUAUCCAAAUAAGAAUCAAGUAGUGUUUGCCCGAGUAGAUUGUGAUCAGCACUCGGAAAUAGCCCAAAGAUACAGGAUAAGCAAAUAUCCUACCCUAAAACUGUUCCGGAAUGGUAUGAUGAUGAAGAGAGAAUACCGGGGUCAGAGAUCAGUGACAGCAAUAGCAGAUUACAUCAGGCAACAGAAAAGUGACCCUAUUCAAGAAGUUCAUGACUUGGAAGAAAUCAAAUUUCUUGAUCGCAGUAAAAGAACAAUCAUUGGAUAUUUUGAACAAAAGGACUCAGACAACUAUAGAACCUUUGAAAGAGUAGCAAAUAUUUUGCAUGAUGAUUGUGUCUUCUUUUCUGCAUUUGGGUCUGUUUCAAAACCAGAAAGAUUUAGUGGAGACAACAUAAUCUACAAACCACCAGGGGAACAUGCUCCAGAUAUGGUAUACCUGGGAUCUCUAACAAAUUUUGACUUGACUUAUGCUUGGACUCAAGAUAAAUGUGUUCCUCUUGUUCGGGAAAUAACAUUUGAAAAUGGAGAGGAAUUGACAGAAGAAGGACUGCCUUUUCUCAUACUUUUCCACAUGAAAGAGGAUACAGUGAGUUUAGAUGUUUUCCAAAACGAAGUAGCCCGGCAGUUAAUAAGUGAAAAAGGUACAAUAAACUUUUUACAUGCUGAUUGUGAUAAAUUUAGACACCCACUUCUGCAUAUACAGAAAACACCAGCAGAUUGCCCAGUAAUAGCCAUUGACAGCUUCAGGCACAUGUAUGUCUUUCCAGACUUCAAGGAUUUAUCGAUUCCAAACAAGCUUAAGCAGUUUGUAUUAGACUUGCAUUCAGGAAAACUGCACAGAGAGUUUCAUCACGGCCCCGAUCCCACUGAUGGCGCCCCUGGACAGCACAUUCAAGAUGUAGCAAGCAGUCCACCAGAGAGUUCCUUUCAGAAACUAGCACCCAGCGAAUAUAGGUAUACCUUAUUGAGGGAUCGAGAUGAGCUUUAAAAACUUGAACAAAAAAUUGCAAGCCUUUCAAACAACAGCAUCAACUUAUGUGGUGGAAAUAGUAAACCUAUAUUUUCAUAAUUCUAUGUGUAUUUUUAUUUUGAAUAAACUAAAAGAAAGGUUUGGGUUUUUAAUUCCCCUGACUCAAAUUAUAUGGUUUGGUGGGUCAUCCAAUAUACUUCUUUUUUAAAGUCCUAUUAAUAUUUAAUAAGAAAAAUGCAUCAGAGGCCCAUCUUCACUUUGGAUCUAACUAACCCUGACCUCCAAAACAUUCAUAAAUCUAAUGGAAGGUAAUAUUGCCAGAGACAAUAUGUUUUUAACUUGCACUGCUCCAUUAAAUAAGAAUUGGGAUGUUUUCUGUGUAAUCUGGUAGUAUGUACACUCUUUUCCCCCUUCCUUCCCAUAGGAACAGUUCUCUUGGUACUUUUCAUUGUCACAUUUCUCACAGCAAAGAGGGUAUAUAUUCUGGAUACUUGGGAGGGGAAUAAAUUAAAGUUUUACAGAA